AAAGCAGUUCUGAUUGCAGGCUGUUUUGUUGUGCAAAGCUACUUUGAAUAGAUAGGUGUGGUUUUCCCAAUGAUAUCUGAGAUACGGCUUUAGGAGAAAAAAUAUUUUUUUUCAAAAAGUACCUGCGCGGAAGGAUAACGCCCCUGAGUGCCUAGUGGAGAUUGCUGUGCUUGACAUGUUGAAUCAUUUAGACGUGAGAAGCUGAUGAGAGAACAGCACACACGCACCAGCAGGAUCAAUUCCAAGGAAUAAUCGUUACUGGGAUUUAUUUAUUAAGGAUAUUAUAUAUGUUUUAAACACUUGGAAGAAAAAAAACAAAAACUUUUGGAUCUAUGCUAACCCUACGUGGAAUUAUUAAGAAUAUUUAAAGCAGAAGAGAAGGAAUGCAUCACUUCUUUGUGAAACUAAUAUUUGUGAUAUCGCCGGUUGCUUUAACACGAGGUUCAAGAUGCACAGUCCUGCCUGCUGAGUCAUGUUUGAAUGGCGGGAGGUGUGACAGUGGCCCAGGCGGAACUGGGGAAUGCAGAUGUUCCAUCGACUAUUUCGGCAACAGGUGUGAGUACCCGAACCCCUGUCUCAGCUCGCCAUGCAAGAACGCAGGCACUUGUCGGCCGUUUACCCGUGGCAACACGGUAGAUUAUACCUGCAUGUGCCGGGUUGGAUAUACUGACCGUCUCUGCCUCACACCCAUUGAUAACGUGUGCCUGAACAACCCCUGCAGGAAUGGAGGGACUUGUGAGCUUGUCAGCCUCAAGGAAUACAAAUGCCGGUGUCCGCCAGGAUGGUCAGGUGAGACAUGUCAACAGGCUGAUCCCUGCGCCUCCAACCCUUGCGCCAACGGUGGCCAGUGCUCCCCCUUUGAAGCGCACUACAUCUGCAACUGCCCCUCGGGAUUCCACGGCCUGUCUUGCAAGCAAGACAAGAACGAGUGCGCCCUGAGCCCCUCCCCCUGCCAGAAUGGAGGCAAGUGCGUCAACGAGUUUGGCUCCUACCGGUGCGAGUGCCAGCAGCAGUACAUUGGAAAGAACUGCGAGAUCCCUUACGUGCCAUGCAACCCCUCGCCCUGCCAGAACGGGGGAACCUGCCGGCAGACCGGAGAUACCUCCUACGACUGCACCUGCCUGCCAGGUUUUGCUGGUCAGAACUGUGACAAGAACAUUGACGACUGUCCUGAACACAAGUGCCAGAACAGAGGCACCUGUGUGGACGGUGUGAACACAUACAACUGCCAGUGCCCACCUGAAUGGACAGGUCAGUUCUGUAUGGAGGAUGUAGACGAAUGCCAACUCAUGCCCAAUGCCUGUCAGAAUGGGGGAACCUGCCAUAACACCCACGGAGGCUACAACUGCGUGUGUGUCAAUGGCUGGACGGGUGACGACUGCAGCGAGAAUAUCGACGACUGCGCCAGCGCUGCCUGCUACCUGGGGGCUACCUGCCAUGAUCGCGUGGCCUCCUUCUUCUGCGAGUGUCCGCAAGGCCGGACAGGUUUACUGUGCCACCUGGACGAUGCCUGCAUCAGUAACCCCUGCCAGAAAGGUUCCAACUGUGACACAAACCCAGUCAAUGGCAAGGCUAUCUGUACCUGCCCUCAAGGCUACAUGGGCUCUGCCUGCAACCAGGAUGUGGACGAGUGUUCUCUAGGUGCCAAUCCUUGUGAGCACGGGGGCAAGUGCAUCAACACCAGGGGCUCCUUCGAGUGCCAGUGCCUGCAGGGCUACACUGGGCCUCGCUGUGAGUUGGAUGUAAACGAGUGCAUGUCCAACCCCUGCCAGAAUGACGCUACCUGCCUGGACCAGAUUGGAGGCUUCAGCUGCAUCUGCAUGCCAGGUUACGAGGGCGUUUUCUGUGAAAUCAAUACAGACGAGUGUGCCAGCAGUCCGUGUUUGAACAACGGAAAAUGUAUUGACAAGAUCAACACAUAUCAUUGCGAGUGCCCUACAGGUUUCACAGGGUUUCUUUGUCAGGUGGAUAUUGACGAGUGUGCCAGUACGCCUUGCAAAAACGGAGCGAAGUGCGUGGAUGGGCCAAACAAGUACACCUGUGAAUGUACUGAAGGCUAUUCUGGCAUGUACUGCGAAAGUGAUAUUAACGAGUGCGACCCGGAUCCUUGUCACUACGGCGCCUGUAAGGACGGCAUUGCCACCUUCACCUGCGUGUGUAAUCCUGGCUACAGCGGCCGUCGGUGCGAGAUCGACAUCAAUGAGUGCCAGAGCCAGCCAUGUCAGAAUGGGGGAAUGUGUCAGGACCGAAACAACGGCUACUUCUGCAACUGCCCUAAGGGGACAACAGGAGCAAACUGUGAGGUAAAUCUUGACGACUGUGAGAAAAACCCUUGUGAUUAUGGCAAGUGCAUCGACAAAAUCAACGGCUACGAAUGCACCUGUGAGCCGGGCUACAAAGGUACGAUGUGCAACAUCAACAUUGACGAGUGUGCCUCAAACCCCUGCCACAAUGGUGGCACCUGCAGGGAUGGCAUCAACAGCUUCACCUGCGUCUGUCCAGAAGGGUACCACGAUCCCACCUGUCUGUCUGAGGUCAAUGAGUGCAACAGCAAUCCCUGCAUUCACGGGUCGUGCCAGGAUGGUGUCAAUGGCUACAAAUGUGACUGUGACCUCGGCUGGAGCGGUACAAACUGUGACAUCAACAACAAUGAAUGCGAGUCCAAUCCCUGUAUGAACGGAGGCACCUGUAAAGACAUGACCAGCGGCUAUGUCUGCACCUGUCGAGUUGGAUUCAGUGGACCCAGCUGCCAGAUGAAUAUCAACGAGUGUGCGUCUAACCCCUGCCUGAAUCAAGGGACCUGCAUUGAUGAUGUGGCUGGUUACAAAUGCAACUGCUUGUUGCCUUACACUGGAGCGAACUGUGAGGAUCUCCUCGCUCCAUGUGCUUCAAACCCAUGUAAGAACGAGGGGGUCUGCCAGGAGUCGGAGGACUAUGAGAGCUUCUCCUGUGUGUGUCCGGAGGGCUGGCAAGGACAGACCUGUGAAGUCGACAUCAACGAGUGCGUGAAGAAUCCCUGCCAAAACUUUGCCCCCUGCCAGAACACUAUCGGCGGCUACAGGUGCAACUGUAAAUCCGGCUACUCUGGACGUAACUGCGAAACCGAUGUCGACGACUGCCAGCCCAACCCCUGCAGCAAUGACGGAUCCUGCUCCGAUGGCAUCAACAGCUUUGUGUGCACCUGCCUGCCAGGGUUCCGCGGGCCGGUGUGUGAGGAGGACAUCAACGAGUGUGACAGCAACCCCUGCAAGAAUGGGGCCAACUGCACCAACUGCGUGAACAGCUACACCUGCACCUGCCCUGCGGGCUUCAGCGGCAUCCACUGCGAGAACAACACCCCCGACUGCACUGAGAGCUCCUGUUUCAAUGGUGGUACCUGCGUGGAUGGCAUCAACACCUUCACCUGCCUGUGCCCUCCUGGCUUCACAGGCAGCUACUGCCAGCAUGAUAUCAACGAGUGUGACUCCAAGCCCUGUCUGAAUGGAGGGACCUGUCAAGACAGCUACGGCACCUACAAGUGUACCUGUCCCCAGGGCUACAACGGCUUGAACUGCCAGAGCUUGGUGCGUUGGUGUGACUCCUCCCCCUGUAAGAAUGGCGGCACAUGCUGGCAGACAGGCACCUCGUACCGCUGCGAGUGCAAGAGUGGCUGGACCGGCCUCUACUGUGAUGUGCCCAGCGUCUCCUGCGAGGUGGCAGCUAAACAGCAAGGUAUUGGCGUGCCUCAGCUGUGCAGGAACUCGGGCCAGUGUGUGGACACUGGCAACACCCAUUACUGCCGGUGCCAGACUGGUUACACGGGCAGCUACUGUGAGGAACAGGUGGACGAGUGCGCUCCAAACCCCUGCCAGAAUGGAGCGACCUGCAUAGACUACCUUGGCGGAUACUCUUGUCAGUGCGUGCCAGGAUACCAGGGAUUUAACUGUUCAGAGGAGAGCAACGAGUGCCUUUCACAACCCUGUAUGAACGGAGGCACCUGCAUUGACCUCGUUAAUACCUACAAGUGCUCCUGCCCCCGGGGAACCCAAGGUGUGCACUGCGAGAUCAAUGUGGACGACUGCAACCCGUUUGUCGAUCCAGUCACGUUGGAACCCAAGUGUUUCAACAACGGCAAGUGUAUAGACAGAGUGGGCGGAUACCACUGCAUCUGCCUGGCAGGCUUUGUGGGCGAGCACUGCGAAGGGGACGUCAACGAGUGUCUGUCCAACCCCUGUGACCCCCGUGGAACCCAGAACUGCGUCCAGCUCAUCAACAACUACCGCUGUGAGUGCCGAACUGGCUUCACAGGCCGGCGUUGUGACACGGUGUUUGACGGCUGCAAGGGGAAGCCUUGCCGGAAUGGAGGAACCUGUGCUGUGGCCAGCAAUACACCUAAUGGAUUCAUAUGCAGAUGUCCUUCUGGUUUCGACGGGUCCACCUGUGAAUACGAUUCCCGCACCUGCGGCAGCCUGCGCUGCCAGAACGGAGGGAAGUGCAUCAAUGGCCCCAAUGCCCCCAGAUGCGUCUGCCCUUCUGAGUUCACCGGCCCGGAGUGCCAGUAUCCCGUCAACAGCCCCUGCAAUUCCAACCCCUGCUACAACGGUGGCACCUGCAAGUUCUUCCAGGAGGCCCCUUUCUACCAGUGUACCUGCCCCACCAACUUCAACGGGCUCUGGUGCCACAUCCUGGAUUACAAAUUCCCUGGCGGGAUGGGCGUAGACAUCACCCCACCCCCUGAGAUCACGGAGCGUUGCGAGAACCCAGAGUGUGAGGAGCGCAAGGGCAACAAGAUCUGUGACCGAGUCUGCAAUAACCACGCCUGCGGCUGGGAUGGGGGAGACUGCUCCCUCAACUUCAACGACCCUUGGAAGAACUGCACCCAGUCCCUGCAGUGCUGGCGCUACUUCAAUGACGGCAAGUGUGACGAGCAGUGCAACAACCCCGGCUGCCUCUACGAUGGCUUUGACUGUCAAAACCUGGACAGCCAGUGCAACCCCCUGUAUGAUCAGUAUUGUAAAGACCACUACGCGGAUGGGCACUGUGACCAAGGCUGCAACAACGCCGAGUGCGAGUGGGACGGUCUGGAUUGCACCAGCUCUCCAGAGAAGCUAGCGGACGGCAGGCUGGUACUGGUGGUGCAGAUCCCCCCAGAGCAGCUCAAGAACAACUCGUUUGGGUUUCUGCGGGAGCUCAGCCGGGUGCUGCACACCAACGUGGUCUUCCGCAAGGAUGAGGGCGGCGAGUUCAUGAUCUACCCUUACUACGGCAGCGAGCAGGAGCUCAAGAAGCACAACAUUAAGAGGUCCUCGGGCAGCUGGGGAGAGAUUCCAAGCAACGUCUUCAGCAAGAUGAAGAAGUCCAUGUACACCAUGGUGAAUGCCAGGAAGCGCCGGGAGCUGGACCAGAUGCAGAUCAAGGGGUCAGUGGUUUAUUUGGAGAUUGACAACCGACAGUGCUAUCAGCAAUCUACAGAAUGCUUCCAAAGUGCAACCGACGUGGCUGCCUUCCUCGGUGCUCUGGCUUCCAGUGGCAAUCUGAAUGUUCCCUACAUCAUUGAGGCUGUUACCAGCGAGAACAGAGACGAGGAGGAGAAGAGGCCGGAGCUGUACCCCAUGUAUGUGGUGGUGUGUGCGCUGGCCUUCCUGGCUUGCAUCGGCGUGGGGGUGCUGGUGUCCCGCAAGAGGCGCAGGGAGCACGGGCAGCUCUGGUUCCCAGAGGGCUUCAAAGUGACGGAACCCAGCAAGAAGAAGCGGCGUGAGCCGGUGGGAGAGGACUCGGUCGGAUUAAAGCCAUUGAAAAUUGCUUCAGAUUUAUCACUGAUGGACGAUAAUCAGAAUGAAUGGGGAGACGAAGAGCCCUCAGACACCAAGCGAUUCCGAUUUGAAGAGCAGGCGAUGCUGAACCUGGAUGAUCAGUCGGACCACAGGCAGUGGACUCAGCAGCACCUGGAUGCAGCCGACAUUCGCAUCCCCUCUAUCGCUCCGACUCCCCCACAGGGAGAGAUCGACAUCGACUGCAUGGAUGUCAACGUCAGGGGUCCAGAUGGGUUCACUCCCCUAAUGAUCGCAUCCUGCAGUGGUGGGGGGCUGGAGACUGGAAACAGCGAGGAGGAAGAGGAUGCCUCUGCCAAUGUGAUCUCCGACUUCAUCUACCAAGGUGCCAUCCUGCACAAUCAAACCGACCGAACGGGGGAGACGGCACUCCACUUGGCAGCCCGCUACGCCCGCUCAGACGCAGCCAAGCGCCUCCUAGAGGCCAGCGCUGAUGCCAACACCCAAGACAACAUGGGCAGGACACCCCUGCACGCUGCCGUGGCUGCUGAUGCUCAGGGAGUCUUCCAGAUCCUGAUUAGGAACAGAGCGACGGACUUGGAUGCCCGCAUGCACGAUGGCACCACUCCCCUCAUUCUGGCAGCUCGCCUGGCAGUCGAAGGCAUGGUGGAAGAGCUGAUCAACUGUCACGCAGACGUCAACGCAAUCGAUGACUUUGGCAAGUCUGCUUUGCACUGGGCUGCAGCUGUGAACAAUGUGGAGGCCGCAAUUGUGCUGCUGAAGAAUGGAGCCAAUAAAGAUAUGCAGAACAAUAAGGAGGAAACACCCUUGUUCCUUGCUGCCAGAGAAGGAAGCUAUGAGACUGCCAAAGUCCUGUUGGAUCACUUCGCCAAUCGGGAAAUCACUGACCACAUGGACCGCCUCCCUCGGGACAUCGCACAGGACCGCAUGCACCAUGACAUUGUACGCCUGCUGGAUGAGUACAACCUGGUGAGGAGCCCUCCCAUGCACAACGGCCACAUUGGAGCCACCCUCUCCCCGACUCUCUGCUCACCCAACAGCUACCUGGGGAACAUGAAGCCGGUGCCGGGCAAGAAAGCCAGAAAGCCAAGCACCAAGGGCAUGAGCUGCAACGGCAAAGAUGCCAAAGACAUCAAGACAAGAAGGAAGAAGUCCCAAGAUGGGAAAGGCAGUCUGCUGGACAGUUCGGCUGUGCUGUCGCCAGUGGAUUCCCUCGAAUCUCCUCAUGGGUACAUGUCGGAUGUGGCUUCCCCACGCAUGAUGACCUCUCCCUUCCAACAGUCCCCUUCCAUGCCCCUCAACCAUCUUCAGGGCUUGUCUGAUGCCCACAUUGGUGUAAACCACCUGGGCAUGACUGGGAAGCAGGAUAUGUCCAUGGGCAGCUCCAAUCGGAUGUUUGAGUCUGUGCCACCACGACUCUCCCACCUUCCUGUAUCCACUCCCAACAGCACUGUUCUGAGCAAUGGUUCCAUUAGCUUCACUAUAGGUGGGGGGCCCACCAUGAAUGGCCAGUGCGACUGGAUGUCCAGGAUGCAACCUCCCAUGGGACAAAACCAAUUCAACCCCAUGAGGAGCAAUAGCCAGGGCAGCAUGCACCCAGUCAACCAAGCCCAGCAGCAUAGCAUGAUGACCUCCUUGCACAACGGGCUUCCCACCACCACCUUGUCCCAGAUGAUGAGCUACCAGGGGAUGCAAAAUACGAGGCUUGCCAGCCAGUCUCAUUUAAUGCAGACGCAGCAGAUCCAGCAAAUGCAACACCAGCAGAACCUGCAGCAGCAGUUACAGCAGCAGCAAAGCAUGCAACUGCAGCACCAGAACUCUAAUACUGCCACCAACGGUCACACUAUUGGCCAGAACUUCAUUGCUGGUGACCUGAGCCAGUCGGAUCUACAGCAGCUGUCUGGCAGUACCAUGCCGAUCCACACCAUACUGUCACAAGAGACCCAGGUCCUUCCCUCAUCCCUCAGCCAACCUAUGCCCACCACCCAGUUCCUCACCCCUCCCUCCCAGCACAGCUACUCUUCGCCAUUGGACAAUACCCCCAGCCACCAGCUCCAGGUGCCAGACCACCCCUUUCUGACUCCUUCCCCAGAAUCCCCGGACCAGUGGUCAAGCUCCUCCCCACAUUCCAUGUCUGAUUGGUCAGAAGGCAUCUCCAGCCCGCCCACAAGUAUGCAGUCACAAAUGGGACACAUUCCAGACCAAUUUAAAUGAAGGGUGGAGUGAGGAAUAAAACCGCAGCAAACGUGGCCCACUGUGGACCAGAGGGAUUUUGUAUUCUGAUUCUUGUAGGAGCACACUUGUAGAAAAAGACGCUGAUUGUGACUGAAGGAUCCUUUUUUUAAAUAUGGUUUUAUACUAAUGAGCAGAAUCACAUUCUAUUCACAUUUUUGUAUUUAUUGAUGUACUUUUUUUAUUUUAUGUCUGGGGGGGGGGGUUGGGUUGGGUUGGGGUAGCUGCCUCUUUAUUUAUACAUUUGAAUUGUCCUCUGUGUUAAAGAAAUCCCAGGAAUUGUGUAGGUCUGGCAGUUAUAAUCCUGGUGGAGAAACAGAUGUAGUGUGUUUUUGUUUUGUUUUUUGCUUCGAUUCUUGAUUUUAUGGAAACACAGGUUUAUUUAUUGGUGUCUUAAAAUGCUACUUCUGUAAUUUGAUUGUACACCAAAUUGAAUUGUAACCGUACGACUAAUUUUGUAUAAAAAAAAACAAAAAAACAUUUAAUCUUGUUUUAAGUUUCAGUAUUAUGUAGAUGUAUAUUUGUUUUAACAGAAAUGUAGUAUUUUAAAUGCAGACUUUAUUUUUUGAUGCAGGACCAUAUAAUUUUUUUAUUUUUUUUUGUAAUAAACGAUGACCUUAUAGAACCAUAACCUAUAAGCUAAAAGUCUUAUGCAACGAUGCUGCCAAAAGAAAGACUAUCAAGAAAAAAAAUGAUAUAAUCUGAACUCUGUCUUACAAUAUCUGUACCUGUGAAGAUUGCCCAAAAAACUGCCAUCGGAUUGCAAUGUUCUCCUAUUAAUGAAUGUGUCCAGGAAUUCGCCUUGCCACAGCAGUGGAAAUGCCCAAGUAACUUAAUAGAGGAAGAAAAAAGGAUAAUUUCUCAUAUGCCGCCUUUAUAGAUCACAGCAUGGUGUAUUGCAGUAAGAUUGUGGAAUUGAAUUUGCCCUGUGGGUUUAAUGCAUUCAAGAAGCCCAGACUCCCAAGUGGAAGACUAGCUAGAGCUGUGGUAUAAUGAAUAGAACAAGAGAUACAAAUGAGUUGCCCACCUAACCAACCAGAAUGCACUGGAGAUGUGUGUGUCUUCUGUAUACUUAAAUAAGGGGUUCAAUGUAAGAUCUGCACAUUGCUACCGUUUAUACAGUUUAGAUUUCUUUAACACUGGUUGUCAAGUGGCUGAGACGCGAGAUGCAAAAGGGAAAUAUAGAUUUUUCCUGAUACAUCUCUUAAAGUUUUCAACGACAGUAAUUGCAUGUUUGAAAUAAAAAGCCUGUGGCAGAUAUUGAAUGUGUAGAUAAGGUGUAUUGUUAAAUAAGCAGGAUUUUGUUUAAAAAAUCUGCUUAGAUGAAUGAGUCUUAAGCAUGUUGUGUUAAUAAGAGGAGUCACAAUGUUGUGUACAGAGAUGGGUCCAGAAAUCCUAACUACUACAUUGCACAGAAGCAACCAGGAUAUAGAGGUGUUUAUAUGAAUAUAGUGGGGAUUUGAGGUCCCUGUAGAUAAGAUAUUAAUGAAAUAUAAAUGCUUUUAUCAUUAUUUAUUGAUAAACCACACUGUAUCCCGGGAUUUAGAGUACCAUAUUAAGAUUUCUUCUUCUUUUUUUUUUUUUUAAGUGAAAACCCUGAAUUUUGUUUUACCCAUCUCUUGCAAUAUUGUGAUACACUUAAGGUUUCUGAUGAACAUUGGAUGGUGUCAGUACUUGCUGUCAUGCUUUAAAAACUAGAAGGUAGUUUACAAAAAAAUAUCUAAUGGGGAGAAGAUGUUGCCUACCUGCAAAGUUGUAGUUUUACAAAAAAACAAUAGAACAAAAAAAAACAAUGUAUUUUCUGUUACCUGAUUUAUAAACGAUUGUUUCUUGAUACAAUAAAUGGUGCUGUCAGGCAUCUAGAUUUUA